CUCAGAGGAAAAGCUUAAUGUUUUUCUAUUACUAGUUCACUUAUAUUGGUUUUGUCCGACUGUUUGACAUAUCAAUUUUGUACAUGAUGUCACUAUUCCAUGUAAAUUCAUUCGUGCAAGACAAGUAAAUUCCAUGAAUGAUGAAGACAUGCUAUGUCUGGUGAAUGAUUAAGAUUACUGUAAAUGUAAAAAUACAAAAACUACGCAAAAAAAAAAAGAGAGUUCAGCCAAUAAUAAAUAUAAACAAACUGCAGAAAAUCUGAGCAGGCUAAAAAACAACCAACAUAACCCAAAUUUUUAAGAAAAAAAAAAGACAAAUUCAAACGUUAGCUUCAGCUUCAAACUUUGAGAAAAGCUCUCCUCCCUUUUUCAUCAACUGAUGUCUGAAGAAGAUCUGGAGCAAAACCCAGAUAUUGUUUUGUUUUUUCAUCUUUAUUUGUCUCAGGUUUUGUACAAAUUCCUUUGCAACACUUGUCCUUUUUGGCGUCGUAUAAAGGACUGAGAAAUGAGAAAAUCUGAUUGGCUGUUGAUGUGGGACCUAUGUUUUUCCCGGAGAGAAGAUUCUUCACGCUUGUAGCCAGGGAUUAUAAUUUAUAAAAACACCACCAAAGACUGAUGGUAAAUCACUGUGAAGCAAAUUGCCUUGUACUUUGUUUUCUUCAUGUUUUUUGGCCUUUAUGUGAUGGGGUUUAGGGUAUUGUAAGAAGGAAAACACAGGGAGCUUUCAUUCGCAGCCACAUCUUUGUUAGAUUUAGAUUGCUUCACUAAAAGUCUAGUCUAUAGUACACAGACAGAGAAACCCAAAGUACCAAACUGGGUUUUUCUCAAAGAUUCUUUGUAAAGUGAGUCGCUUUCUUUUCCUUCUUUUUUUACUUCGUUGUAUGUGGGGUUUUUUUUUUUUUUUUUCUACCAAUACAAGUUUUAAUUUGUGUUUGUUUGAGGGGGAGUUUAGAAUUAUUGAUAGUACAAAUUCAAAGGAUGAUGCUUGUGAUUGUAUGGGAAAGCUGACGUUCGAGUUGUGGGAAUCAUUUUCUGGAGUCAACUAGAAUUUGAGUUGCUUAAAACUACAAUAACUAAGGAUACUGUGGUAGGUUUCUUCCUCUGAAAUGCAUGUCUGAUAGCAGUUCAAUCAAAACAAGUUUUUCUUGACGAUGUUUCUGCGCCUUGGACAGAUUGGGUUUUUGGAUACUGGCAAAAGGAAUCUUUCCUGGAAGUUCCUCUUUUUGUUUUUCAUCUUUACUGUGCUUUUGUGUUUCGGGUCAUGAUAGUGUUUGCAAUUCGGAUGUAAUAUAGAUAGGCUUUUAGUAGAACCAAAAUUUUGAAGCGUUUUCGACAUGGAAGGUGAUGGUGGAUUUACACCAAAUUCUGCAUUCGGGGACUUCUCUGAUGUGGCCAUGGAUUUGGAUUUUAUGGAUGAACUCUUGCUUGAAGGAUGCUGGUUAGAGACUAGCGAUGGAUUCAACUUUAUGCAGCCUGGUCCUUCAACAUCUAGUGGUCUGAAUGACCCUUCUCAUUGCUUGCCUGUAUCUGGGUCUAAUACUGUUCCUUUUAGCAUAAACUCACAUCAAAUGCAUCAAGGAGAGACAGAUACCGAAAUUGAGGACCUUUCUAAAAGUCAAUCCCAAAACUGGGCUACUGUUGGAAAUGAUUCGUCUUUGUCACAACCUGGAACUUUUAUGGUUGAAGGCACUGAGUUGGGCAGUAGAUGGUGGAUUGGGCCUCAAUCAGAAUCCGGUUCUUCAUCUGUGAAAAAGAGACUAAUGCAGGCUAUUGGAUAUUUGAAGGAAUCUACAAAAGAUAGGGAUGUCCUUAUCCAAAUCUGGGUGCCUGUAAAAAGAGAAGGCAAACAUGUUCUUACUACUGAAGGUCAGCCAUACUCUCUUAAUACAAAUUGCAAGAGUCUUGAAAGUUUUAGAGAUGUCUCCAAAUCCUAUAACUUCCCAGCUGAGGAGGAUUCAAAGGAGUCAGUUGGGUUGCCUGGCCGUGUAUUUUUGGAGAAGUUGCCUGAAUGGACUCCUGAUGUUCGUUUCUUCGGAAGUGAUGAAUAUCCACGUAUUAAUUUUGCACACAAGUAUAAUGUUGGUGGAUCUCUUGCUCUUCCUGUUUUUGAACGAGCGAGUGGAACUUGCUUGGGUGUUGUUGAGAUUGUCACAACUACUCAAAAGAUCAAUUAUCACCCAGAACUCGAACACGUCUGCAAAGCUCUUGAGGCUGUUGAUCUGAGGAGCUCACAUAACUUCACUCCUCCUAAUGUUAAGGCUUACAACGAGUUGUGUCAAGCAGCAUUGCCUGAGAUAACUGAGGCUCUAAGAUCUGUCUGCAAGACAUAUAAACUGCCUUUGGCUCUGACAUGGGCUCCAUGCCUAAAUCAAGAUUUUUCGGACUUCCUUGAGGCGUGCUCUGAGCACCACCUGUUCAGAGGCCAAGGAAUAGUUGGCAGAGCAUUCACAACAAACAAACAAUGUUUUACAACAGAUAUAACCGUAUUCAGUAAGACAAACUAUCCUCUCUCUCACCAUGCUAGGAUGUUUGGAUUGCGUGGUGCUAUAGCUACCCCACUGCAAAGCAUUUUUACUGGAUCAGUUGAAUUUGUUUUGGAAUUAUUCUUGCCAAAAGAUUGCCAUGACAGCGAAGCACAAAAGCAGAUGCUCAACUCAUUGUCUAGUUUUAUGCAGCAGGCUUGCCAGAGUUUGCAUGUAGUUGUGGACAAGGAGCUUGAGGAAGUAGUGAUACUGCCAGUGAAGGAAAUGGUAGCUGCUUCGGAUGGGAGAUCAGACAAAGAGGAAACUCAAUUUAGGAUUCCUUCUUCGAAGGAGAACUCUCCAGAGGAGUCACCAUGGAUUGCCCACAUGAUGGAUGCCCAACAGAAAGGUAAAGGUGUUUCUGUCUCAUGGGAAUAUCAAAGAGAAGAACCAAAAGAAGAGUUCAAGGUCACAACUCAUUGGGAAGACACUCAGCUAGAAUCAUACAAUAAGCAGGUACUUUCAGAUUUUGGGCAGCUCCACCAAAAUGCUGGAACUAAAGCUAGUGUUGAGGGAGAUGGUGGUGGCUUCUCUUCUUCUGGUGGUUGUCACAUUUUAGCCGAUAAAAGAGCAGGUGAGAAGAGACGAACCAAGAUGGAGAAGACAAUCAGCUUGCAGGUUCUUCGACAGUACUUUGCAGGGAGUCUUAAAGAUGCUGCUAAGAGUAUUGGUGUGUGCCCCACUACAUUGAAAAGGAUAUGCAGGCAGCAUGGGAUUACUCGAUGGCCUUCUCGAAAAAUUAAGAAGGUAGGCCACUCUUUAAGAAAACUCCAACAUGUGAUUGACUCAGUUCAAGGCGCUGAGGGUACCAUUCAAAUUGGGUCGUUCUACUCAAGCUUCCCCGAACUGAGCUCACCGAACUUUUCUGGCAAUGGCCCUUCUUCGUCAUUGAAGAUCAGUAACCAUUCAAAGCCAUCAGAAACUCAACUUGAGAGCAUGUUCAGCCAAGGAGCUGCUGCACUAAAAUCUCCAUCUUCUUCAUGCAGCCACAGCUCUGGCUCAAGUACCUGUUGUUCCACUGGAGCGAAACAGCAUAGUACCACUAUCAAUGCCUUAGGUAGUGCAGAUGGGUUGGCAGUGGAAGAACCUGGUGGAGAACUAAAGAGAGCUCUCAGUGCUGCUGAAUUGAACGCCUUGAAUCAAGAGGAGCCAAAGCUGCUUGCAAGAUCCCGAAGCCAUAAAACAUUUGGUGAGCUUCCUAAUUCUGAGACUACACCUUCCUUGCCAAAAACUGACGGCCCCAAUUUACAAGCCAGGGGUGCCUUUAAAGUAAAAGCUAUGUUUGGAGAAGUUAGGAUACGGUUCAGCUUGCAACCAAGUUGGGUUUUUACGGACUUGCAACAAGAGAUUGCAAAGCGUUUUAAUAUUGAAGAUGUCAGCAGACUUAAUCUCAAGUACUUGGACGAUGACCAUGAAUGGGUUCUUUUGACAUGUGAUGCUGACCUUGAGGAGUGCAUAGAUAUAUACAAAUCAUCCCAAAGCCACACUAUUAAAAUCUCCCUCCAUCAAACAUCUCAUCCAAGUCUAGGAAGUUCAUUUGGUAGCAGUGCCCCAUGAUAACUACAGCAUCAGUUUCCCAUAUGGAGUAUGGAUUGACAACAUUUUGGAUUCUGGUGUAAGUAAUUUGAUGGCUGUAGCACUAGCAGCUUGUUUAGGGAUGAUACAAGAUUUAUUUGCCAUCUUAGUCAAUAGAGGGAAUUGAGAUGCACGAAUUUUAGUCCGAAAGCAGUUUGGGUGAAGGUCAAUUAUGCAAUGAGAUUGAGAAGAUUGAGAAUAGACAAUUUGAUGCUAUGCUAUCAUAUGUUUGCAUUUUGGAUUACUGUAACAACUGCUUCAUGAAAUGUAUUAUUAUUUACAGAGAAAUGGAUAUAUAUUAAAAUGUUGCUGUUCUCCAUUGCUGAAGCUGAAUAUCCCAAUAACAAAAACCAUCAAAGGUGAUCAGUAAAAAUUACAAAAAGAAAUAUUUUAAUCACUGCUUCAGAACAAGAUCAUGCUCAAACUUAAAUCAUGAAAUUAUAUAUAUGAUUUUAUUAGAAAAUGGAUUCUUUGUACUUUUUUUCUUUUUUGAGGAAGGACUAUAGUUCACUGCUGUUUGUUUAGCAAUUGGCACCAAAUAUUCCAGAGAUAAUGAAGCCAAAGAAGAAAUGACACAAGGACAAUCCCUUCAUCAGCCACGCUUUGUUUCUUUUCUACGGAUCGAUUCCCUUGCAUUUCGAUGUAUCUUAUUUUCCACCCUUACCAUCCGAAGUCAUAUUCAACAUCUUCUCUGCAAGUUCAUCAGCCUCAUGCUUGUUUCCUCUUUUACACAAGUCAUCAACCAUCCGCAUGAAAGACGCAGGAUCAAGUUUAUAUCCUCUGAUAAUCAACUUGUCAUGGAUUUUCCCUUUUUUGCAAGGAGACCGCAUAAUAUUAUUGUAUGUGCAAACAUAUUCCUUCUUAAGAUAAUAUAUAUAUAUAUAUAUAUAUAUAUGAAAGUAUCAAAAAUAACUGAAUCAGGUUCAAAGCUUUCACCCAUCA